UGAUCGAUCUAAUUUAACAGCGAAUGUCAUUAUAUGUACCUAUAGAUGGAAAAGAUUUUUUAAAACUCUACUUUAAAAAUGAAUAAUUGGGGAAGGUGUCCUUCAAGGGUUAGAAAUCGACAGCCGAAAUCAAAAAAUCCUGCCGAACACGAUCCUAAAGAAUGCGGUCACAGACUAAAGAGCAGAUUAAUACACCAAAAAAAUAAAAAUCCUAAAGAAUCCAAAGAGUUGGUGAAAGUAUAUGAGAAUGAUCAAGUGAGGGAUCUGGUUGUUCCCGAAAGGAAUCCUACGGAUUUGGCGGGAAUAUGGCCGAAGAGUGAAUUUAAUAGACUUCAGAAGCAGUCCCGGGUAAUGACGAUUGAAGAAAAGAAGGCAAUGAUUGAGGAAAUGGAAAAGAAGAAACAAGAAGAACUUCGAGCUUCCGAAAUGAGAAAAGAGGCUUUGGCUAAGGCUCAAGUGCAUCAAGAUUUGAACUUGGGUGGCAAACUAUCUAAUGUUGAAAUGGAGGCGCAAAAGAAGAGCGAGUACCUUCUUGAAAGAUCACACGAACUUCUCAACGAGCAGGACGAUAGAGUCAAGGUUGCCAAUUGUAUAAUACUCGCCACAAAAUGUAGGGCAAUUAGAAAUGCACAGAUCAAAGAAAAAGAGCUAAUCAAGAAGCAGCUGCAACAGGAAGAAAUGAGGUUGGACGACAUGAUGGAGCAAGCCAGACAAAAGGCGCUCAAGGAAGACGAGAAAAAGGCUGAACUUGAGGAACACAAGAACAAAAGGUACGGGAAGGAAAUCAAGCAGCAAAUAAAGGACAACGAGGUUGAGAAGCUGCUCGAAGCGGAGAAGAUCGAGGAAGAGAGCAGAUUGCUGAAUAGGGCGCUGAUAGCGAUGAGGAAAGAAGAGGAAGAGAAAGUGAGAGAACACAAAGAGAACCAGAAGAGAGUGAGGGAGGAGUUGCACCAGGCCAAUUUGGACCUGGAGAGAUACAAGCUGGUCCAGAAGGAGGAGCAAAGAAUCGCGGAUCUCAGGAUACAAGAAUUCAUGCGACAAAAAGCCGCCAGGGAGGAGGCGAGAGAGGCCGAACUGGCGAUGAUAAAGGCGGCCAAAGAGAAGGAAAUAGCCAGGUUGAGGGCGCAACAGCAGAGGGCCCAGGAUAAGCAAGCAUUGAUGGACGAGAUGCAGGCCAUUCGGAUACAAGAGGAGGUGGAGAGGGCAUGGAGAGAGAAGGAGAAACAAGCAGCCAUAAAGAAGGCCGAGGAUAUCCAGGCUCUGCACGAGGCUAGGAGUAGACAGAUAUCGGAUAUCAGAACAGCCCAAGCCAUAGCGAUAGCCCGAGACGAGGCCGCUUUCCACAAGGUGGCGAAGGUUCAGCAGGAACUUUUCGAGAAGGAUCAGAAGAAGCGGGCCGAACGGAAAGACAUGAACUUCAAACACAGAAAGGACAUAUUGAAACAGAUCAACGAGAAGGAACGGGAGAGGAUAAACCAGAUAAAGGAGAAAUUCGAAGACGGCAAAGCGUUCAGGCUUUCUCAGGAGGUGCACGAUACCCAAAUUUCGGAAUACAUCAAGACGAAGGUGAAUAGGCUGAGACAAGUAGCUCUACCCGAACGGUACAUUACAGACAUAGAGAGGCAGCUGAAAUUGAGAGAAUAAGCGCUGCGGUCUACAAUUUUGUAGGUACAUAUAUAUAUUUUUUAUUGCCUAUUAUGCUAAUAAAAUUGGUUUUUUU